AUGGAGGGCAUUGCAUUUGAUUGGGGAAAGAGAAUAGUGGAAAAUUUGGUGAACAAUGCAUUAGCAGAAUCACGUUACAUAUGUUGUUUCACAUGCAUAGUUGAGGAUUUUGAAAAGGAGAAGGAAACAUUGAAAGCAAAAAGAACAACAGUGGAGCAAUAUGUUAAAUUGGCAAAUAGAAGAGCAGAAGAUAUUAGAAGAGAUGUUGUUGUUUGGCAAGAGCAAGCUGAUAAACUCAUUGAAGAAGACACCAAAACAAAAGAACAAACAUGUCUUUUUGGAUGGUGUCCUAAUUGCAAAUGGAGAUACAACAGAGGAAAAGAACUAACAAAUAAGGCAUUGGAGAUGAAAAGACUCAUGCAAAGUAACUUUGAAAGUGUUGGAAUCACUCCUAAUCUUCCAGAUGUUGAAUAUCAUUCUUCUCAUGAUUACAUUGCUUUUAAAAGUAGAGAGUUGAAAUACAAAGAACUAUCAGAUGCACUCAUAGAUUACAGUAGUUAUAUAAUUGGAUUACAAGGGAUGGGAGGCACAGGUAAAACUACAUUGGCAAAAGAGUUGGGUAAGGAACUUAAGCAAUCCAAGCAAUUUGAUCUUGUCAUCGAUACUACAGUGUCAUACACUUCCGAUAUAAAAAAGAUACAAGAUGAUAUUGCAGCACCCUUAGGAUUGGAUUUGAAGAAUUAUAAUGAAUCUGAGAGACCAAGAAUAUUGUGGAGUAGAUUAACUAGUGGUGAGAAAAUUCUUCUUAUACUGGAUGAUAUGUGGGGGCAUGUAAAUCUUGAAGAAAUAGGGAUUCCUGAUAGUGAUAGUCAUAAGGGUUGUAGGAUUCUUUUAACCACACGAAAUUUAUGGGUAUGCAAAUCACAAGGGUGUGAGAAGAUUAUUCAACUAGAGCUCUUAUCUGAAGAAGAUGCAUGGAUCUUGUUCAAGAAGCAUGCAGGUAUAAGUGAUAGUUCAUCUAAACGUUUGGUAGACAAGGGGAGAAAGAUUGCUAAAGAAUGCAAAGGAUUACCAGUUGCAAUUGCAGCUAUUGGUAGCAGUUUAAAAGGGCAACAACAUCAAGAAGAAUGGAAUGCAGCCUUAAAGUCCUUGUUGAAGUUUGUGCCUAUGCAUGGUGUUGAUGAAAAUAUGGCUCCAAUAUAUAAAUGUUUGAGGUAUAGCUAUGAUAAUAUGAACAAUGAAAGUGCUAAGAGAUUGUUUCUCUUGUGUUCUAUGUUUAAAGAAGAUGAAGAACUUUCUAUUGAAAUUUUAACCAGGUUUGGCAUAGGAGCUGGCCUUUUUGGAGAAAUAGAUGAGAAAUAUGAUGAUGCUCGAAGUCAAGUGGUUGUAGCCAAAAAUAAACUCAUAGAUUCUUGUUUAUUGUUGAAGGGUGGGGAAGGACGUGUGAAAAUGCAUGACUUGGUUCGUGAAGUGGCCCUAUUGAUUGCUAACAAAGAGAUUCAAGUCGUAAAUGUGUCUAACAAAAAUCAAAAGUCACUGAUAGAAAGGGAAAAGAAUAUUAAAUAUUUGUUAUGUGACGGCAAAUGCAUGGAUGUGUUUUCUUGUAAGUUUGAUGGUUCCAAACUUAAGAUUCUAACUAUCUACAUGGAUGAUAAAGGAGAGGACUCUAUGGAAGUCCCAAAUUCGUUUUUUGAAAACAUGACAGGGCUUCAAGUUUUGUGUUUAUCUAAUAAAUCUUUGCUGAGGGAAACUUUAUCAUUAUCAUUGUCAAUUCAAUCGUUGAUGAAUAUUCGAUCUCUUGUCCUUGAAAGAUUUAAAUUAGGUGACAUCUCUUUUCUGGGGAACUUAAAGAGCCUUGAGACUCUUGAUUUGGUUCGUUGUUUCAUUGAUGAAUUAGCAAGUGAAAUUGAGAAACUAGAGAAACUUAGAUUGUUGAAGUUGGACCGUUGUGAAAUUAGAAGGAAUGGUUCAUUUGAAGUGAUUGAAAGAUGCUUGUCACUAGAAGAAUUGUAUAUUACUGUUGACCCUAUCUCCAAGGUUGAUAGUGCUGCAAUUUAUCAAAUAAGAAAUAUUCCUAUAUUGCAAAGAUAUUGUUUAACAAAUCGGUAUGUUUUUGAGAAAAAUGAUUCAAUGUUAAAAUGUGUGCAUUUUUCAGAGAUCAAUGCCUUGUUCUCAGAAACAGCAACAUUUAAGUAUCUUGUGCAAACUGCAGAAAUUCUUGACCUGCGAGGAAUUGAGGGGAGAUGGAAAAAUCUCAUACCUGAGAUUGUUCCAAUAGAUAAAGGUAUGAAAGAUUUAUCUCAUCUUGAUUUGACAUCUUUUUCUAAAUUACAAUGCCUCAUUGAUACUAGACUUGUUUAUUCUCAAGAACAAAUUGUCUUUCCCAAGUUGGUUGUGCUAACACUUAAAAAUAUGGAUGAUUUGAGAGAAUUAUGCAAUGGUCCCAUUCCUUUUCACCUUUUGAAGAGUUUAGAGAGGCUAUUUGUCUUUAAUUGUCAUCUUCUGCAAAGUAUAUUAUUUAAGGGCAAGCUAAACCUUUGCAAUGUUAAGACUAUGAGAUUGUCCAAUUGUCCAAGGUUGGAAUCCCUUUUUCAACUCUCAACUUCUCAAAGCCUAGUGUUGUUGGAGGAAUUGGAAAUACAUGAUUGUGAGCAACUAAAACAUAUAAUAACAGAAGAAGAAAUAAUUGAUGGCAUGAAUGAUAACAAGAGUGGUGGCUCCAUGUUUCCAAAUUUGAAAACUCUUGAUAUCAUGGAAUGUCCUGAAUUAGAAGUUAUACUUCCCUUCAUUUCUGAUCAAGAUCUUCCUCUACUAGAAGCUAUCAAUAUAUAUGAUUGUGAUGAGCUAAAAUACAUAUUUGGCCAAUAUCAACAUCAACAUGAAAGCCAAGGCUUGGUAAAAGAUGUUGUACUUCAUUCACUAAAAGAAAUGGAGCUCUCUGGCUUGCCAAAUUUCAUUGACAUUUUUCCUGAAUGUCAUCAUCCCAUGUGUUCCUCCGUCAAGAAGAUAUAUUCUAGAAAUGGUUCUAAGGCACAAAAACAGUUGAACCCCAUCAAAGGUAGUAUCACCCCCUGGAUGCAUAUAUGUUGUUAUGCUCAUAAAUAUAGACACAAACUGAGGAAUGCCACAAGUACUAAAUCCUCAUUAGUUUCCAAGGAUCAGUCACAAGAUGACUCUGUCUCAUCGGUUCUGGAUUCAAACACUCUUCAACUUUGGAGAAGUGCUCAAUGUCUUUCCAAACAGUCACAGAUCCUACGCAAUAUUAAAGAGCUUGUACUACAAUAUCUUUCGAAGAUAGAAUUCAUAUUUAGCCUAUCUAUUGCUCCAACAAUGUUGGUAGAAACUUUGAGAAUUAGACAUUGUGACGAAUUAAAGUUCAUAAUAAUAGACAUUGGAGAUGAUCGUGGUGGCAAUGAUUGGAGCAUUGUGUUCCCAAAAUUGAAAGAGCUCUAUGUGAAAGGAUGUGAGAAAUUGGAAUAUAUAUUUGGAAACUACCCUGAUAAUCAUAAAAACCAGAAUGAAAUUCAUUUUCAUCUUCCAGUAUUAGAAUGUCUUAAGUUUCGCUUUUUGCCAAAUUUGAUUGGCAUGUGUCUUGAAAAUUACCACCCAAGAGUGUCAUCUUUGACGGUGUUUGAACUCAAUGAAUGCCCCAACUUUACCAUUAAAUCUAUUGGGGAUUUGACUGUUCAUUCGGAUCCAAGUCAAUUGGAUGGCAACCUCAUCAAGGACUUGAGUGAGCACAUGAAGCAUUUUUCCACUUUGGGAGAUCUCCAAGUACAUAACUCCAAAGCAGAAAAUAUUUUUUGUUUUAGUGAAAUAAUUGUACAACCAAUAAACUUAGGAUUACACAGCAUUCAGUUGAGUAAUUUGUCUCAAAUGACAUAUCUUUUUGUAGGUCCUGAAAAUUCUUUUACCCUCCAAAACCUUACAAAGCUAAAUAUUGUGCGAUGUGAAAAAUUGGAGAUUAUAUUUCCAGCUUCUGUUUCAAGAUGCCUACCACAUUUGCAUGAUUUAAUCAUAGACGAAUGCAAAGAAUUAAAGCAGAUCAUUGAAGAGGAUGUGGGAAAUUCAAAAAUGUCAAAUUAUCUUACCCUAAGGACAUGUUUCCCAAAGCUAGCAGUACUCGUGGUCAAAAAAUGCAACAAGCUGAAAUGUAUCUUUCCUAUCUCCAAAUUUAGAGAGCUUCCCAUGCUAGAAAUUUUGAUGAUAAAAGAAGCGUUGGAAUUAAAGGAAGUAUUCAGAUGCAAAAAAGGUGAUCAUAAAGUUGAGCUUCCAAAUUUAAAAAUGGUACUACUUGUUGAACUACCAAGCCUCAACCAGGAUAUUCAAUUCCAUGCCAUAGAGCAUAGUUUAGUCCAGAAUUGUCCAAAAUUUGCUUUGACUUCAACAUUAACUAUGGACAGCUUGAAGCUGGCCGUUGAUGAAGUGUUUGGGAUGGACUGGUUUAUCAAGAUCAUGCUACAAAACAUGAUUCGUGAACUUGAAGACUCUGGAACCCAGUAUGCUAACAAUGAAAACCUUGUUGUGAAUAACUCUUCCAUUGAACCUGAAGUUCUAGCAGCAUCAAAGCAUGAGUUGACUUCUUCACAGGUCAACGAAAAUCAAUCUAUUCAAGCAGACCAAGAUGAAUAUAUGCAACAAGGAAAUGACAUUAAGUCUAAUGAGUUCAUUUCUGUGGAAACAAAAGGCAAACCAACACUAGAGGUAGAGCAUGAUUUUGUGGAAAAAGUUAAUGCUUUAGAAAUUCCCAUAACAACAAUUUCACCAACAAAUUUAGCAAAUGCCAAGACAAGUCCUUUGGAUAUUACUCCACAAAAAACCUAUUCAUAUGAGUUUCUGGACGAACAACCAAUGGGAGAACAUUCUUCAAUGAAAGAACGACAGCCACUUGGAAAGACUGAGAUUAUUUUUGAAGUUCCUCAAGGAAAUAAUGGAAUGCAACCACCUAACUAUUAUUUGAAAGAUAGAGAGAACCAAAGUACUCAAGGAGAUUCUAUGUCAGGGAAAAAUACAACAGCAACUCCACUGAUGAAGUCGGAAACAAGGAACAGAGCACUAGGAACAUUAGUAUCUCCUUUACAAAAGGGUAUUAAGAGAAAUGUUGAAGAAGGAACUACAUCAGCGAAUUUCAAGUCUAUAACAUCAUCAACUCGUUCAGAACUAGUUAGUUCAUCAUUAGGUCAAUCAGUUGCUUCUAAGGAGGAAACAUAUCGACAUGAACAUGGUGAUGGCCAAAUGACCAUACCAUCUAUUUUAGGUGUCACUACAGAGCCUCCCUAUGCUCAAGAAACUUCAGAGACAGUGGUUGCCCUUACUAACUGUCAUGAUCCAGUUUCUUUGAAUGGUGAUGCUUCCAUGAAAGUAAGCUCAAUUGUUGAGGAACUGUUUCUUAACAAUGAUGGCAUAGGAGUUUCAGAUUCUAAGCCCUUUCCUAGCAUCCCUUCCCAUGUUGUAUCCAAGUCUCUUUCAAUGCCAUUUGAUGGGAGCCCUUCUCAAAACAUGGAUGAUGUGAGUUUUGCUUCUCUUGUCAAAAGUGAACUCGAGCAACUGGUCUCCAACAAGUAUUUGGCUUCUGAGAACAUGACUCUGUUGACUGAAUUUUUGGCAAAGCAUCCUUCUCUUCGUUUAAAAGACAAUGCACUUAGUAACAAAUACAAGGGUUAUGCCUACACUUGUCUGGCUGAGCUACUGAAAUUCCUCCAAAUACAUAGUGUGUUGGAUGUGUUAGAGUCCAAGCACUCCAACUUUAUGGAAUUAAUGCAAGACAUGAGAAGUUUUAGUUUUGACAAGAAUUGGUUAGAUGGUGUUGAAAGACGUGCCUUGUUUCCUAGUUUAAAAGCAUCUGAAGAUGCAUUGCAGAAAUUACUGGACUCAAAACGCAUUUUGACUCAGCAUGUGAAGGAUCUUAAGCAUCAAGUGGCAUCUUCUGAAGCUGUUUUGGAGAGUAUAAUUCAACAAGAGGCACAAGUAUUAGAAGCUAGGGCUUCUUUGAGUGCCCCUCUUGGCUAUUAGACUGUGUUUUUUCUUGUAUUUCUCCAUUGCUACAUGUUGCCUUGGAACUUUGAAUAUUUCUUAGGUAGUUCAUUCCUAGUAUAAAAUGCAC